CGCGGAAAGUCGAAUGAUGUAGAGUUGGAGUUGAAAUUUUCAUUUUUUUCAUGUUUUUUGCAAAACAACUGGUUACAAUGCUACUCAAGUUGAGUUAGGGUAGUUUGAAAUUCUUGUUGCAAGCAGUACGCUUCAUAGUCAACUCAUAUUUUUCAUGUAAAUUCAUGGAAAAAUCAUUUACGUGAAGUUCCCGUGGUGGUAUCGCGCAGGAUCGACAUUAGCGGGAGCGAAAGAAAAAAAAAACAACAGCUCAUUGAAGGCUGUCAAAGCAAAUCGUGUGGCUCGCAAAAUUUUCUACAAGAACUACUUUGUUUUAUAGAGAUUCCUUCUGUAAUCCCUUGUUUGAAACGCCUCAUUUAGAGCAACAAAUGGCUUUUCAUCGUCGUUGCGGACGCCGCAUAGCUCUCACCAACGAGAAUCGAACCGCGACACGAAGUACGUCUGAAUUCAACUUCGGCUUGGUCCUGAGCGCGGAGCCCCUGCAGGAUGAUGUUUUGUUUGAAGUUCGAAUCGAUGAAAAGGAAAGUCAAUCAUGGAGUGGAAACAUAAAAAUCGGCAUUUCAGCAGAGAAUCCAGAAACAGUAGAGCUACCUUCGUGUGCAACGAAAAUGCGGCAUGGAACGUGGAUAAUGGCCGGAAUCAGCGUCCUCAAAGACGGCAUUAUUCAAAUUGAGUUAUACGGAACAGAUCUAGAUACAUUAUCUGAGGGCGAUCGAGUUGGGGUCAUGCGAACUUCGAAAGCAGAACUUAUAUUUUAUGUUAAUGGUGAAUCUCAAGGAGUUGCGGCAACUAAUAUUCCUAGUCCUGUAUAUGCUGUCGUUGAUUUAUAUGGAAGAUGUGUACAAGUUUCAGUUUGCCCAUCAGAUUCAUUGGAGUACUCAAACGAAAGCACCCAAAUCACUCAAAAUAUCGACAUCCCAAUGUCGGUAGAUGUCUCAGUAUCCGGUAUGAACGGGUCGCAAUUGAGUGACUAUCUUGAUUCGAAUGAUCGUCUGCGUUUUCACAACCGCUGUGGAUCACUAGUUAAGUUGUCGACCAAUUGUCGAACAGCUGAACGUCGCCGACCCUUGGACGAAUUCAACAACGGCGUGGUAAUGACACAUAGGCCGUUAAAAGAUAACGAACUUUUCGAAAUUCGCAUAGACAAACUUGUCGACAAGUGGUCAGGGUCAAUAGAAGUCGGAGUAACAACACAUAAUCCGGCAACUCUACACUUUCCUGCAACUAUGACAAAUAUGCGGAGUGGCACAAUAAUGAUGUCUGGCUGUGGUAUUUUAACAAAUGGAAAAGGAACUCGGCGUCAAUAUGGUGAGUUCAAUCUGGAUGAAUUGCGAGAGGGUGAUCGAGUGGGAAUGAUGAGGAAGGCGAAUGGCAAUCUGCACUAUUAUAUUAAUGGACAAGACCAAGGAGUGGCUGCCACGAGGGUAGCUCAGACACUCUGGGGUGUGAUUGAUUUGUACGGAAUGACGAUAAAAGUGACUAUUGUGGAUCGCGAUGAGAGGGAGCAACAGAAUUUAGUAACCCGACGAAAUAAUUUGAUGAGCGCACAAAAUACUACUGUUAUCAGUCAUGAAGUUCCUUCUCUAAGUCCUGGUAUUGACACAGUUCAGAACAACGAUCGAUUAACCUUCCAUCCGAUUUGCGGACUGCAUGCUUCUGUCACUCACAGUGGGAGAACUGCAUUAAGGCCUAAUGCGUCUGAUGACUUUAACAACGGUGUUGUAUUAACAAGAAGACCUGUCCGUCCAAACGAACUCUUUCAGGUCCGAUUAGAACGUGUAGUUACCAAAUGGGCUGGGUCCAUAGAAAUGGGGGUAACGACACAUAGCGCAACCGAUUUGGAUUUCCCAUUUACAAUGACAAAUGUUCGGACAGGAACAUGGAUGAUGACAGGAAAUGGUAUUAUGCACAAUGGGACAACAAUAAAGGAAAAGUACGGUCAAAAUCUAGAUCGAUUACAAGUAGGUGACCGGGUAGGGGUUGUAAGAAAAGACGACGGCACCCUGCAUUUCUGGGUGAAUGGUGUUGAUCAAGGACCGGCUGCAACAAAUGUUCCAGAACGAGUGUAUGGGGUAAUCGAUUUAUAUGGGCAAGCUGCGCAGGCUAGCAUUGUCGACACUUCAGAAUGUGGAAGUCCGGAUACAGGAAACUCAACGAUUUCGAAUACGACCCUAUAUAGUGAACCGCCUCUACGUUUCCAUUCAGUUCAUGGCAAGAAUGCUCGAAUUUCAAAUGGAGGCCUGACAGCAAGUCGUCCAAAAGCAUUGGCUGAGUUUAAUGAUGCAGUUGUGUUCAGUAAUCGUCCCUUGCGGCAAAGAGAACUCUUUGAAGUUGUCAUUGAAACUAUGGUUUUUCAUUGGAGUGGUAAUAUAGAGAUUGGAGUGACAGGCGUACGACCAGAUGAAAUACAACUAGAAGCGAAUGCCACUGAUUUGCAAUAUGAAACAAUCAUAUUAUGCGGGUCGAUAGUUUUCCACAACCGCCAAACCAUUUGUAAUAAUAUUCCUUUCGAUUUAGAUACUCUAACAACAGGUGCACGUGUUGGUGUUAUGCGAAACGGCGAUUUUAUUCACUUUUUCAUUGAUGGUGUUGACCAAGGUCCAGCAUGCGAAUGUCGUUUUCAAAACGUAUAUGCUGUUGUCGAUCUCUAUGGCCAAUGUGCCCAGGUUAGCCUUACCCUUUCGCAACCUGAUCUGCGAGCACCAUAUGCCACUAGUGAAAAUUCACAAAGUUUCCAAGCAACAUCUGUUAUCCAGCCAACCAUAGAAACAAAGCAUCGAUGGGCGAGUAUCCCCGGGAACGUGGAACUUUCACAGAACUGCACGGUUGCGUCGCGUUGGGAACGCGUAGCCCUUUCGCGCUUGUUCGUUUUCUCUGAGCAUCCACUGGCUAUUGGGUCACCGUUCGAAGUCAAGAUCACUUCAUUCAAUCCACUGUUUUCAGGUUGCCUUAAUAUUGGAGUAACAGAUCUCAAUUUUGCGGAUGAAAAUGUUCUGAAAAAUAUCCCUACAAGCGUGAAAAGGAUUCCUGCUAAUGUUUGGUACGUCUGCGGUAAUGAGGUUCGCUUCAACUCGACAGUCCUGCACCGAUCAGUUGCUUCACUUGAAUGGCUCCGUGUCGGGGAUCGAAUUACAUUGGAACUUACGCCUGCACGAACACUCCGAGUUUUGCUGAAUUCCGAUGAUAUGAACAUUAAUUUUCAUAACGUUUCCAAUGAUGUAUACGUAGUGGCCGAGUUGAAAGGUACGACAAUGGCUAUCCAGGUAACUUCUUCACAAGGCCCAUCUUCACCGCUUCGACCUUGUAGCUUACGAUUACAAGAUUCACUAGAGUUCGCGGUGGAUCCUUUGAACAAACAGGAUUCAAUGCUCGAAUCAAUUGAUUCUGAAUCAAUGCUUUUCGAGUUCUCAGAGAUUCACGGCAAGAAUAUCAACUUAUCAGAAGAUAAACGCAGUGCAACGAGACUCCAAUCAUACAAUCAAUCUCUAGUUUACAUUACAAAACCCCUUUGUAAAGGACACAGUAUAAGUAUUAAAAUUGAUCAAAUCAAUUCAAAAUGGAAAGGAACGAUUGGGGUGGGGGCCCUGGGUGUGUGUCCCCAAAAUAAUAACAUGCCAUUGCCAUCCUCAAUUGUUAUGUGUAAGAGACCUUGUUGGGUUGCUACACAUGAUUACGUAAAUAUAAACGGCAAUAAGGUAUCAUCGAAAUAUGGAGAAGCAUUGGAGCACAUUCAGCCAGGCACAGUCAUAACGAUGUCCUUAUCACACACUGGCAACUUAGUGAUAAUGGUUGGACAAAACUACUUGGAAGAAUUGUCAUCAGGGCUCCCUAACCAUGUUUUCCCUGUUUUCGACCUGUACGGAAAGUGUGAAAAAAUUACUAUCAUCAAUGGUGAUGUUCGCAAUGGGACACCUAUUCUUGAGGAAGUAUCUCUCAGCAUCGAUCAAGCAGUCGAAUCAGAUACUAACGCUCCUCAAUGCGAAAAGGCUGAUUUGGAGGUUCAUGAAAAAGAAACGGACGUACCUCCAGCAGCAUCAACCUCCGCCGCGCAAGUAGCGCCCACAACGUCAACGGAAAUGAGUCGUUCAGUAAUGGAGAGUAUGUCCGAAAACUUGCUAACAAAUAUUUCAAUAAAAAAUAGGACGCUUGAGAAUAGAAAUGAAGAGAACAAUGCCUCAUCACCAUGUUGCUUGCGGGAGUCUUUACAAUUGCAACACAAUACAAACUUGAACAUACAACGUAGUCAAAGCACUCAAAGGCUCAAAACCUCGUUGCCAGAAAAUGACACAAACCGCGAAGAGCAUCAGGAACCUCCUUGCGAAGAUGUAAUUGCACCAGAAUCUUUUCUCGAAUUGCUAUCAGGCACCCAAGCACUAAAUAUUACUGCUCUUGAAACUCCUAACCAGCAGGAAACCGAUCUUGAACAAGAAGGCGCUGCUGCAGUGGCCACUGGUACUUCCCCUACAAACUGUGAGGAGUUGAGUAAUAUUGAAACCGAGAAGUUACCAACCGACUCAGCAAACAACUGCAACAAUCCGUCCAUUAGCGAAAUUGUGCAAACCAUUCCUCACAGAUCGCUUAAUCUCUCGGAAAACCAAGACUGCGACUAUGUAAAGCUGGUCUGUGGCUUCAAGAAAUCACUACUUUUACCAGAUGCCUUCUUUGAUACAUUCCCGCCAAUGUGCUUCUGUUCAAACUGCAUCCCGCCCUCAACGGAAAUUGAUGCUAUGGGUUGGGUUCGGUUUGAGUUGAAUCAACAAGCUGUAAAUCCAACCACAUCUGCAAUUAAUUGUGAAUCCUCGAAUUGGAUGAAACUUUAUCAUGUUACGCGAAUUUACAAGAUUCGUGCAAUCCUCGAUCAUGGACAACCUUUGCCGAUUGAACCACCGCGCGAGCCUUGCUCCGCUAUUAAUCAAAAAGACGAGCCGGGCAUGCAUUUGAUUUUGAAUUCUUCAUUGAAUGGAAUCUCAACGGGGAAUACGAACUCUACACAUCGGUACGUAUCAGGGCUGAUGGCUUACACAAUAGGAACAGCUUUUGAAGUGUAUGUGCGCCCACAAGCACUCUCGUCGCUACCAACAAAAAACGGCGAUGGGAGCGAUGAGGCGACGGCUGGGGCAACUGGAGAGGAGGAAGGAGCCGCAGCAUUGGUGGACAAAGGACUGACAUGGACAACCAAAGAGGCAGGAGCAUGUGUCUUAACUGCACUACUAUUAAAACUGGAAUUCUUAGAAGAAUUACCACACGCUCCUGUAUUAUUUUGAAUAAAUUGUUUAAUUGGAUUCCAACGGGUUUUAUUCUGUUUUUGAGAACUCCUACAAAAGUGGAUGUUGACGUGAACAUGUUGAACGUGUGUGCAUGUGAAAAGUCAAUAAAUGUGAACUGAAGAUUUUAUUCACUGUAAA